AUGGUAUACACAAGUAUCGUUAUUCGGUCAAAUUUGCUUUAUGAGUUCAAAAAUGGGUUGAAAGCUGCGGAGGCUGCACGUCGAAUUCGGAAUGCGUUUGGCGAAGACGCCGUUAUUGAUGGUACCGCUAGGUUUUGGUUCCGACGAUUCAAAGGUGGUGAUGAAAGCCUAGAAGAUGAACCACGUGGCGGUCGCCCUGAGACCUGUUCUGAUGACCAAAUAAGACGCUGUCUUCUCGAAAACCCUCGUUCAACUUCUUCAGAAAUAGGCCUUACGUUAAAUUGUGAUGGGUCAACCGUAAAGGAAACGCUUGGAUGCCAUGAAUUUCAUCAAAAAGUUGGACAAAUGGAUACCGCA